GCAAAACUUAGAACAGCACCCUCAAAUAUACACUCUUUGAUAACUAAAGGACGACGAAAAAAGAAAAUUAGUCUGAGACAAAAAAAAAAUGAAUCUGUUGAUACGAUUCGUCGUUUCUAUUUAUCUAUUAUCCACCGUUUUAAUCACAAUUUAUGCCAGUAAUACACUUAGAGGAUGGAAUUCUCACUUUGGACGAGCUCCACUUCUCGAACGAUAUUCCUGGAAGAUUCUUGAUUUUGCUUAUCCCGACGAGGCGAGCAGAAGGCUCGCUUUAUCAAUGGGAGAAUUCAUACCAGAGAAUGCAUUACCAGUGGGUAUAGAAAUAUGGCGUAAUAAGCUCUUCAUCACGGUUCCAAGAUGGCGAAACGGUAUACCAGCGACACUGAAUUACAUUUCGUUGGAUGCAAAUCGUGGAGGUUCACCUAAACUCACUCCAUAUCCAAAUUGGGCUCAGAAUAAGGCUGGUGCUUGCGGAUCUGGAUUAACUACUGUAUAUAGAAUACACGCUGACGUAUGCGAUAGAUUAUGGGUUUUGGAUACUGGUACUAUUGGAUAUGAAGAUACAACUGUGCAAGCAUGUCCUUAUACAUUAAAUAUUUUCGACUUGAACACAGAUAAAAUUCUGAGACAGUACAGGCUCCGUCCAGACGAUAUCAAUCAAAAUACUUUCAUCGCGAACAUAGCCGUAGAUCUUGGAAAGGGUGGCUGUGAUGAUGCCUUUGCCUACAUGUCAGAUGAACUCGGUUACGGACUGAUAGUUUAUUCUUGGGAACAAAACAAAUCUUGGCGAAUAACUCAUAGCUAUUUCAUGCCUGAUCCACUUGCUGGUGACUACAAUAUUGCUGGUCUUAACUUCCAAUGGGGUGAAGAGGGUAUUUUUGGUAUGAGUCUUUCUCCAAUAGCCUUCGAUGGCUACAGAACGCUUUUCUUUCAUCCAUUGAGUAGUUAUCGAGAGUUUGCCAUCUCUACGAGAAUCUUGAGGAACGAGGAACUUGCAAAGAACAGCUAUCAUGAGUUCCAGGCACUCGAAGAGAGAGGACCUAACUCACACUGUACUGCAUCGAUUAUGGACGAGAAUGGAUUGCAAUUCUUCAAUUUGGUCGAUCAAAAUGCAGUGGGAUGUUGGAACUCUCAGUUGCCUUAUAUUUCCGCUAAUCACGCAUUAGUCGCAAAACACGACGAGGCUUUAAUAUUCCCAGCGGACGUCAAGGUGAAUAGAGGCAUGCUUUGGAUAAUAUCGGAUAAGAUGCCCGUUUUCCUACUUUCAACCUUAAAUUAUACUGACAUAAACUUCAGAAUAUUAACUACACCAGUUCAGGAAGCUAUCUCUGGCACAGUUUGCGAAAACACACCUUGGCGAUACGCCAGUAAUCACAUUUGGUGGGACCGAUGAUACCGAUAUAGUCGAAAUAAAGUAUAAAAAAAGUGUAAAAUCUAUUUUGAAAAAAGAUGAAAGCACGUGUUUACCCGCUCAAGGUUUCAAGCGGUCUCCUGCUGGCCUCGAGAGUUCCGGUCAUCUAAAUACAAUUGGUCGUUUGUACGAUCGGCAACUUCGUUUUCUUAUUCUUCUUAUUCUUUUUCUUCUUCCUUUUUCUUGUUCAUCUUUUAAAAAAAAGAAAAAAACGAGAUAAAGGAAAGAAGGUAGAAAUGGAAAAGAAAUGUAUAUCGACUAUCUUUCGUCUCCUUUCUCUUCCUCCCACUACUCUAAAACUUGGUCGUUAACACUGCUUCUAUGCGGAGACUUUACAAGUCCUUUAGGGUCCUUUCGAGCGAUUUACCAGGACGACUAGCCGCCUCAUCAAUAAUUCAUGAUAGCGGGAGGCUCCUAGGAAAUAAUAAUAUCCCUAUUCCGAUGGAGAUUCGUUGUGAAUACUUCCUUUUUUCUUCCUUCUUUUUUUAAACAAGAUUUUAUCCCUUUUUUCGCGAUUCCAUCCUUUGGGAGAGUUUAUAGUACAGAUAAAGUGUACUCAUA